UAAUGCACCGCUGCUGUCACGACAACAUUUCGCCAUUUCGGGUUUGGCGGACAAGGGGGGCGCUCUGUAACUCCCGCGAAGGAAUUAGGUCAGCCGAGCGGAGGUGUUUCUUCACUGACAACAUUUCUCGCUCGUUCUCGUUUUCCCGACGGCUCUCUUAUCGUGCUCCGAUGCGUGUUACCUGGCUGCUGCUGAUGAACUUUACCAGCGUCGGCCCGGGCUGAAGAGUCGAGUCAGUUGUCGGAUUUUCUAGCUAACAGCUAGCAAGCUAGCUGUGUGUAAACAACAAGAUGAAACGGAUGAAAGGAGGAGAGGGGGGAAGCGAUGACUCCUCCUGUGAGAGUCCAGCGGAGGUUUGCAAGAAGGUGCGAAAUCAGUUGAGCGAGGAUUCGGAGCCACAUGUGGCUGAGUCGCUGGACUGUAACUGGGCACGGCUGCCUCAAGAGCUCCUGCUGCAUAUCUUCCAGUACCUGCCACUGCUGGACCGGGCUUAUGCCUCCCAGGUGUGCCGUGGGUGGAACCAAGCCUUCCACAUGCCUGAGCUGUGGAGAUGCUUUGAGUUUGAGCUCAACCAGCCAGCCAGCUCUUACCUAAAAGCCACACAUCCAGAUCUUAUUAAGCAGAUCAUAAAGAGGCACUCCAAUCACCUGCAGUAUGUCAGCUUCAAGGUUGACAGUAGUAUGGAGUCUGCAGAGGCAGCUUGUGACAUUCUUUCACAGUUGGUGAACUGCUCACUGAAGACCUUGGGCCUCAUCUCUACAGCCAGGCCCAGUUUCAUGGAGGUUCCAAAGUCUCACUUCAUCUCCGCCCUGACCGUGGUGUUCGUCAACUCCAAAUCGUUGUCUUCGCUGAAGAUUGACGACACGCCAGUUGAUGAUCCAUCUCUGAAGGUGCUGGUGGCCAACAACAGCGAUACCCUGAAACUGCUGAAAAUGAGCAGCUGCCCUCACGUCUCUCCUGCAGGAAUCCUGUGUGUGGCAGACCAGUGUCACGGGCUCCGAGAGCUAGCGCUAAACUACCACCUCCUGAGUGAUGAACUCCUGCUGGCGCUCUCCUCUGAGAAGCACGUCCACCUGGAACACUUGCGAAUUGAUGUGGUGAGCGAAAACCCCGGGCAGCACUUCCACACCAUCAAGAAGAGCAGCUGGGACGCUAUGAUGCGGCACUCGCCCAAAUUUAACCUGGUCAUGUACUUCUUCCUCUAUGAGGACGAGUUCGGGCCCUUCUUUAAUGAGGAAAUCCCGGUCACACACCUUUACUUCGGGCGCUCAGUGAGCAAAGAGGUCCUGGGCCGAGUGGGCCUCCACUGCCCUCGUUUGGUGGAGCUGGUCGUGUGCGCCAACGGCCUGCGUCCUCUGGAUGAGGAGCUGAUCCGUAUCGCCAAACACUGCACCCAGCUGUCAGCCAUCGGCCUGGGUGAGUGCGAAGUGUCCUGCAGCGCGUUUGUGGAGUUCGUUAAAAUGUGCGGCCGCCGACUGUCCCAGCUGUCCAUCAUGGAGGAGGUACUGAUUCCAGAUCACAAAUACUCCCUGGAUGAGAUUCACUGGGAGGUGUCGAAGCAUCUGGGCCGGGUCUGGUUCCCAGACAUGAUGCCGACCUGGUAGAGAGUGAAGCCUGUGCUCAGAGUUCAGUAUGUCGGGUUUGUGGUGCGCAACAAUCAUUGCCUCCAUGUUGCGUUGAAAAGCCUCAGCUGGGAAGCUCGAUGACAGCAUGGAGAGCAUGAACUUGCUGAACUCUCGUUAGCAGUGCAGGGAUGUAAUGUGGCACUCGACAACAACACAAUGUUAUCACAUUAUCAUGGAAAUGCCACAGAAUUCCUGCUCUGCUUAAUCCAUAGAUGGAAUUCAGCAAGCUGGCUUCGACCCACAGAAGAGGAAAUUGAACUAAAAAGCAAUGUUUUUAUAACUGCAAAUGGAGUUUGCAGUUACACACCCCUCUCAUAAUGUGUGUUGUGAGAGGCGUGUGUGAGUAUGUGCAUUUAUGUGUGAACGUGCGGGUGGGUGUUUACAUGUUUUCCAACAUUGAGCAGUAAAUUGGGACAAUUAGGUGCACAAUAGCAUGUUGUUACGCUACCACUUGGCCUACAUAAAUCCGGUGUGAGAUAGCAGCUCUGCACUCUGCAAUACAAUAUGGCAUUGACCGCAUGGUUGUCUGUACAUAGGAUGUGACAGAAGGUGUAUUUGUCAUGUGUGGCUGAAUUUUGCAGAAGAGUAGCUGGGUCCUACACCUCAUUUUAACCUAAUUUAAAGAACAGUGGUUGUGUUGUUUGUCCUCCUCGCCUGGGGAGCUCCAGUCGUGUCUCACAAACCACGAUUGUUGAACAAAUGGAAGAUGGCGGAGAGAAAAAGAAAUGUGUGUGUAUAUAGGUGUCUAAAUUGUGACGUGAAGGUGUACAGUGUUGAUUGAUGUCAUUGAUUUUUAUUUUUUCUCAAAGUUAUAUUUUGAGGAGGGUUUUUUUCUUCUCCCCCUGCAUCAAACACAAAUUGGCCUGAUAAAUGAUUUUAUCUAUUUUGGAAAAAGGUUUAUGUACAGUUUUAGAUUUCUUAAGCACCUUAGAUGAAUACCAAAUGAGAUGGAAUACACCUGGUCCUUGAGACCAAAUAUGGUGAUUAUUUAUACUGUACUGGGGCUUUGUUGAGUCAAAUCCCCAAGUGCUGCAUAUUGAAGUUGUAAAGCUCUAAUUAAAACAAUCAAAUAAUUCUAUGUAAAUAGUGCACAGAAAUGUCUGAAUUUGGAGGGUAGAGAUCUGCGGUCUCAGUUCUUCACGCUCAGAUUAAUUUGUAAUGAUUCAGUAGACUAGUCUGUAUGGCUGUUGGCUUACAGUGCAUGCUGGAAAUGCAAAUCCAACCCAUUUGUGUUUCUCAGAUGCAGUAAAAUGAAAAUAUUUUUUAUGUAGGUUUCAUUUGUAUCUUCUGCUAUUUGCCUGUUCAAGCUCUAAACCCUGGUUCUCUGUUGUGGAUAUAUCUGCCCUUCCAAUUAGUCCACAUUUGUUUCUUCAUCAUGCUAUCUUGUAUACAUGAGAGGAAGCAGUAUUCAUCCAUUAUAAACACUGUCUGCAGAUUUUUCUUGUGUUCCAAACAUCCAUUCAUUUCAGUCAAGAGGUUUGGCAAGUCAGAUGAGUGAAACAGUUUUUUUUUCCUUUAAGAAGGAAGUCAAAUGCAUCUGUAUAUAAAAACGCUGUGUGUUUAUUAUGAGUAGAAAUGUAUUUCUAUAUUUCACCCUCUGUCAGGGUUUGAAGUUUCCUUAACUGGUGGCUUGUCUUUUAUAAAACCAGAGUGCAAGUUAUCCUUUACUAGAAGGAUCUUUUUCAUACUAUAGCCACUAGAGAAGUUAAAACCUGUGUAAUUGAUUAAUAGGGAUUAUGCUUUUUUUAAUGAAUUUCAGUUUUUCAGUUAAACAAAAGCAACCAGCAGUGGUAUUUUUCUUUGUUUAGCUGGGUUUAGCUUCCACCUAUUGUCGCCGUGGUUUUGUUGGAUACAGGUGGUCCUAAUGUUUUGAGUCCACUACCACAAACUCGAUCCUUGGAGGGAUUUUAUUACUUCCUUUAAUGUAGUGGAAAAAGACCCUGUUUUGUGUGUGCGUUUUUAACAAAACACACACAAAAACAGUUGCCUUGAAGUGCUUUAUAUUUCAAGGUAAAACUAUAGUAAUGGAGAGAAAACCCCAACAAUUACAUGACGCCCUAUGAGCGAGCACUU